CAUUAAUCGCUGAUGCAGCUUUUCAAUGACAUGGUACAGCCACUUUCUAUGAAUUUUCCCAAAGACACAGUUUUAAGACUGAAGCUUACCAACGAUAUAUAUGCAUGCUAGAUAGCCAUAAUUUAAAGCCUCCAUUAAUAUAUAGUUUUAUUCCCCUAAAACUCAAUGGAGAAUUCCAACAGCGUUGUUAUGGUGUUUCUAAUCAUAUUCGCAACCUCUAGUGCCAUAAGCUUUUGCAAUGGAAAUCUGGAUAUGCUUUGCAACGAAAAUGAGAGGCAAGCUCUUUUGACAUUCAAGCAAGAUCUCAAGGAUCCUAUGAAUCAGCUUUCUAACUGGGAUGAAUCAGGAGAUUGUUGUAACUGGACGGGUAUCGUCUGCAAUAAAACAACCGGUCAUGUUCUUGAGCUUCAUCUUGCCAAUAAUUUGGGAGGUAAGAUAAAUCCUUCUUUGCUCAAUUUGACAUAUCUCAAUUACUUGGAUCUUACCAUGAAUGAUUUUGGAGGAAUUCAGAUUCCUAGUUUUAUUGGUUCCCUUAAAAGCUUAAUAAAUCUUGACCUCUCAAACAGCGGGUUCACAGGGAUAAUCCCUCAUCAACUUGGAAAUCUUUGCAUGUUAAAGCAGCUUGAUCUUUCAGAUAACAAUUAUGCAUUGGUAUCCGAAGUUUUAGCAAAUUUGUCAGGUUGUACAGUAAAUUCAUUAGAAAUAUUAGAAUUAGACCGUAAUCAGCUUUCAGGUCAAUUACCAGAUGAAUUACUGGGACAAUUUAGGAAUUUAGUCGUACUUUCUCUUACUUCAAAUUCAAUUUCCGACCCUAUUCCAGAGUCUUUAGGAAAACUAUCACACUUGCAAAUGUUUGAUGUAUUUUCUAAUCGGUUAAAUGGGAGUCUUCCUGAAAGUAUUGGUCAACUAGCGGAGCUACAAAUAUUCUACAUAUCUUUUAAUUUAUUAGAGGGUGAAGUAUCUGAUAUUCACUUUGCUAAUAUAACUAGUUUGGAAGACUUAUAUGCAUCUGGAAACUCGUUAACUUUGAAAACUAGUCCCGCUUGGCUUCCUCCUUUCCAACUCCAUUCUUUGCAUUUGAAUUCUUGGAAUUUGGGGCCAGAGUUACCGCAGUGGAUUCAGAGACAAACAGUUUUGUCUGAUUUACGAGUAUCCAACACAAGCAUUUCUGGUAGACUUCCCACUUGGUUUAAGAAUUUUUCUGCACAAUUAGAUUUUCUAAAUAUUUCUUGCAAUCAACUCUACGGAGAAUUUCCUGUUAUGAUCUCUCUUCCUUACUCAGUAUUCGACUUGAGUUCAAACCAAUUCAGUGGCUCUUUACCACCUAUCCCCUCCACUAAUGUAGGUAUCUUGGACCUUUCCAAUAAUUUAUUUUCUGGAUCUAUCACUGACUUCAUGUGUUAUUUGAAUGGAGGACCCAAUAUGCUCCGAAAAUCAGAUAACAGUUCGAUUCUUUCUCUGGGAAACAAUCUUCUUUCAGGAGAAAUUCCUAACUGUUUGAUGAAUUGGAAUAACUUGAUGGUCUUACAUUUAGAAAACAAUAACUUUGUGGGGCGUAUCCCAAGCUCCAUGGGAUAUUUGUCCAAUCUUCGUUCAUUGCACUUGCGCAAUAACAAUCUGUCCGGAGAGCUGCCUUCGUCUCUACAAAACUGCAAAUUGCUCUUAAAUGUUGAUCUAAGUGCAAAUAAAUUUGGAGGAAGGCUUCCACAAUGGUUUGGGGCAAGUUUUUCUAACUUGUCUGUUCUUAAUCUUGGUUCGAAUAACUUUCAUGGCGAUAUUCCUCCUGAACUUUGCAAUCUUAAAUAUCUUCGGAUAUUGGUCCUUUCACAUAAUCAGCUCUCAGGAGAAAUACCAAGAUGCUUUGGCAAUUUCACUGCCAUGGCCAUCUUGCAAAAUUCAAGUGACCCGACUUCAAUAAUGAUAUCUACAGGAGAUUGGCAAUUCCUAGAGAAUGCCCUGCUGACGUCAAAAGGAAGGCAAUUUGAAUAUAGCACUCUGCUUAAAUUGGUUGUAAACUUGGACCUCUCAGACAACAAUCUUCUUGGAAAGAUACCAGAGGAGCUAACCCGCCUUGUUCGAUUGCAAUCGUUGAACUUAUCGAUGAAUCGUUUGAUUGGACAGAUUCCUUCAAAGAUUGGUGAUAUGGGAUUGUUGGAAUCUCUGGAUUUGUCAAGAAACCAGCUCUCUGGUCAACUACCUCCAAGCAUUGCCAGUUUAUCCUUUUUAAGUCACCUGAAUUUGUCAUACAAUAACUUAAGCGGACGCAUUCCUACCAGCACUCAGCUUCAAAGCUUAGACGGGUCCAGCUUCAUUGUCAAUCAACUUUGUGGACCUCCACUUGCACAAAACUGCUCAGAAAGUGAUAGAAUGCCACCUGGAGUUGAAGAAGAAGAAGAAGACAGAGAAGGUAACUUACUAGAACAGAGUGGCUUCCAUUUGAGCUUGGGACUUGGAUUUGCGAUCGGCUUUUGGACUGUGCUGGGUUCAUUGCUCUUCAACACGCCCUGGAGCAUUGUCUGUCAUCGCCUCUUGGAUAUUGCUGUUCUUAAGCUUUAUAGCAUUAUUGUUGAAUACUUUUAACCCAGUAGCAAUCAUUGUUAUUCUUGUCUUUUUAAGUAGCAUUAUUGUUGAAGUUUGUAGCAUUAUCUUUGAAGUUUUGAACACUUUGUUGUUGUUGUUUUUUUCUUUCCUCAUUUUAUGUAUAUAUUUGAUAUUUCCAUUACUUCACCAAUAAAUGGUAUUAGACAGUCAGUAACUUUGCUUUCCAUUUAA